UGUUGUGGCCGCCGGGCUGGAGUAGUUCCGGUUGAGGAAGUCGAUGGUGGGGCUGGUCCCUUCCUUGCCUGCCUUCCCGGCGGCCGCUGGUUGGCUGAGCCGGCGUGCGCUCCUCUUGGUGUCGGCGUGACAGGAGGAGGGAAGAGCUGGAGGAAGCUCCGCCGCCGCUGGGUUGCCGGCUUGCUCGGAGUUCCUCCCUUUUGGCUGUUGGCGCUCCGCUCGCUCGCCCCCUUCUCUCCUCCUCCGUCCUCGUCCGCACGGCUGUUGGGGCGCCCGCCUCGCGGUGCCUCCGGUCUCCCCCCCUGCUUCUCUCUCUCUCAUCUCUUCCCCUCCCGUCCCUUUCCUCUCCCCUCUCCCUUUGCCCUUCCUCCCUUCGCCAUGUCCACCCGUUCGUGCCGGGAGAAGGCGCAGAAGCAGAACGAGCAGCACCAGGCCAUUCUGGCCAAGCUCCUGCGGGAGGAGGACAACAAGUACUGCGCGGACUGCGAGGCCAAGGGUCCCCGAUGGGCUUCCUGGAACACUGGUGUUUUUAUUUGUAUCAGAUGUGCUGGUAUACAUCGAAAUUUGGGUGUUCAUAUAUCCAGGGUCAAAUCUGUCAAUUUGGACCAAUGGACACCAGAACAAAUACAGUGCAUGCAGGAGAUGGGAAAUACCAAGGCAAGAUUACUUUACGAAGCUAAUCUACCAGAGAACUUUCGAAGACCUCAAACAGAUCAAGCUGUGGAAUUUUUUAUCAGAGAUAAAUAUGAGAAGAAGAAAUACUAUGACAAAAAUGCAGUUAAUAUCAGCAGUAUGUCUUCAUCUGAAGCUGCUCAGCCUUUGGCAUCCUCUCCUUCUCUGCAAGCUACUUCUGAGAAAGCUAAAAUGGAGAAGGAAAAGGAAAAAAAGAAAGAAGAGAAAAAGAAAGACAGAGACCCAGAAAAGCCUUUGAAAUGUUUAGGAGUUGAAAAACCUGAGAAGAAAGAUGAUCAACAACUGGAGCUUAAAGAAAGUCCCAAGAAAAUUCCAGACUCUACUGUUGAUCUUUUAGGACUUGAUGGCCCUGCUGAUUCUGCUGUUACAAAUGGAAACAUCACCACUCCUGUUGCAGCUCUGAAUGAUGACCUGGAUAUAUUUGGCCCAAUGAUCUCUAAUCCCUUGCCAGCCUCUUCUGUACCUCCUUCGCAGAGUGCUUCCACUAACCCUGCAGCUGCCACUUUGUCUGCUGCAUCGGGGGACCUUGAUCUGUUCACUGAACAAACAAAAUCCGAAGAGUCAGCAAAGAAACUGCUCUCCAAAGACUCCAUCUUGUCACUGUAUGGCACAGGGACCAUGCCCCAGCAAAAUGCUCCAGGGGUCUUCAUGGGACCACAGUCUAUGCCCUUCACUGCACCACCAUCAACUCAUUUUCAAGGCUUUCCAGCCAUGGGAGUACCUGUGCCUGCAGCCCCUGGAAUGAUGGGAAACAUGAUGGGACAGUCAGUGCCUGUCAUAGGACAAAACACAGGAAUGUUGGUGGGCAUGGGAAUGCCCAAUGGCUUUUCUGUGGCUGCACAAAGUGCUGGUUUGGGACUUCCUCAAAACGUUGUUGGCCCCCAAGGAACAACAGUGGGACAAGUAGCCUCACCCCAGAAUAAAUAUGGUAUGCAGCAAAAUCAGCAAGCUCAGUGGAACCUCGCUCAGAUGAAUCAACAAAUGGCUGGAAUGAAUUUGAGUAGUUCGAGCAAUAUGAUGAGUUUUGGCCAGCCCCCAAACACAGCGGCAGGAUGGACUGGAAGUUCCUCAGGCCAGACUCUCAGCACACAACUCUGGAAAUAAAAAAUGGCAAUAGAACUGCCACCCAGAUUAGAGAUCUGACAUUCCAUGCUCCAAUGCAUCUAGUUUCCCUGAUCUGUCCAUGUACAUAUUCUCUCUCUCUCCAACCUCACAGAAUUGUUCAUAUUAAGAAGUAAUUUUAACUGACCGUGUUGUGGUCUGUAUUGACUUAAAUUUUGAUGUAGUGAAAAGCAGGUUGAGAACACCUAUCAUUGGCAGCUUUUUCAUUCCACAGUACAUCUGAUUUCAUAAAUCAUAUUCAGAACUAUAUGACCAACUGCAUACUCAAAUUAUUUUAUCAGUUAUAGAUCAAAUGGUUGCAUAUAAGGGAAAUAGAUAUCAUGUUAGUACUAUCUCUUUAAGGUGUAAAUCCCACCCAGAAAAUUACCCAGUAUUCCUGUAGAAGGUACGGUAUGAACAAAUGUUAAUCAUAUAAAUAAGAUGUAUCACUGAAGCUUUUUUCUUAUGCAACAAUGAUUUUGUUUCAUUUCACUGUGAUAUUACUAUGAUGUGCUGAACAGGAAAUACAGUAGUGAAAAAAAGAUAAGCCUGGAUGUCAUGGUAAUCCCAUCAGUUAAAAAAAACAAAAAACAGACAAACAGAAACUGAUCUCUGAAUUUCCUGUAUUAAAAUAAGUCAGUUAGACAACACAGGAGAUGGUGGUGGUGACAAAAGGACUAAUCUAAAAGUAUACUGCACAACAUACAUGCGGGGUAUCUCUCUGGAAGAUGUAACUUUGUCAUGACAGCUGUAUCCAGGUUUAUGCCAUUAAUUGUGUUUACAUUUUAUGGUGCCUCGUACUGAUAAGCUGUUACUUCCCUAUAUUAAAGAAAGAAGAAAACCCAGCACAUUGUAAGACUAAUUCAUUAUCUGUGGUAUUCUUGUCUGCUGUUAUUAAAAACAACUGUAAGUCGGGGUGAAUAAACAUCAAGUAUAAAUCUGGCAAAUGAAUGAACAACAAACUGAAAUGUACAUUGCUUUAGAUCAGUCUCCCACCCCAGUUAUUCCAUUGCGUUUAAUUGGUUUUGUCAAAACAAUCGGAAUGUUUUUACUUAAAGUGCUAAAAUGAUUGGAGAAACACAUGCAAAACAAGUAAAGACAAAUUACGUACAUCUCAAUCCAUCUGACAGGUGGUUUGCACAGAAGUCUUUCUUCAGAUGAAUACAGGAUGUUGUUGCGCAACAGCAAGCUGUACAGUGUUUGAAUGUUUAACUUCAUUCAGUAGGUAUAACACUGUUGUCUCCAUUAGUUUUGGUACAUCCCAUUUUAUGUUUACAGGUCAUACCUCAAUUUUGACUGUGUCCAGGUGAUACUUUGGCUCAUUAGCUAGAUUUACCUUUUCAGUUCGUGUGUGCCAUACAAGAACCUGGAGGGGGGGGGGAAUUAAAUUUUUUGGGGAAAAAUUAGUUCUUUUCUAUGUUACCUCUUAAAAGGCAGAUCUCUGCAGUAAUAGUGAAAUUAGUACCUUUGUGCAGUUGUUUGCUUUUGGCUCCAGUUCUUCCACUGUGGUUAUGAGCUUCAGAAAAUCAGAUUCCUGCAUCCCAGGCUGUGAUCCACGACGUUUGAAUACAGCUUUAGGGUUCGAUAAGAUUAUCUGAAGACUCACGGCAAACCCUGUGUAAAUCAUAUUAGUUACAUGAUUAAACCAAAGUUUUAACACAUUUCACUGAGCUUUAGACAUCAUCUUUUUAAAAACCUAUUUGCAUUUCCAAGCAAACGUUUAGGGAGUCAUGCAGUACCGUCACUCAUGGGUUUGCCUCACAAGUUCCACAGCUUAUUUUUGUGCUACAAGCCACUUCAUCUUAUUCUGAAAAGCUAUUAGCUGUGCUCCUCCUCAUCUCUGUUGAGUGCUCCUCAUACAUUUUGAUAGAAUGUAAACACUGGCAUUUAAUGUAAGCAGUUGGAAUGUAUGUAUAAUGAACAGUCGGCCUGGUGGGAAAAGGUGAGUUUCAAAGGAACAGACCAUUUUUCCUUUUCCAGAUAUCACCUUUGUAAUUAAGUGGAAACUGAAGUCUGAAGUGAAUGUAAUUGUUAACUAGAGGAUAAAAUAAACUUGACUUAAUGAA